AUGGAGGAUUAUGAUAUAUUGAGAACGAUUGGCGCAGGUGCGACUGCCUCUGUCUAUUCUGCUAUCUAUAAACCUACUCAGUCCGUGAUAGCUAUCAAGACGGUGAAUUUAGAUGAAAUGGUAGGUCUAGAUAAUUCUAGACUUGAAGCCUUACGUAAAGAAAUUCAAAUCAUGACCUUGUGUCGUCAUCGUCAUCUUCUUGAAGUCUAUCAAAGCUUUGUUCAUUUUUCCAAACUUUAUAUUGUUACCCCCAUCAUGUCAGCAGGUUCUUGUCAUGAUUUACUUUUAAGAUGUCAUAAAGUUGGAUUUGAAGAAAGUAUAGUGGCAUGUAUUAUUAAACAAGUCGCAAAAGGAAUAGAAUAUCUUCAUAGUAAUGAACUAGUCCAUCGUGAUAUUAAGUCUGCUAAUAUGUUGGUCGAUUUUGAGACGGGUAUCGUUAAACUAGCAGAUUUUGGUGUUAGUAGUCAACUCUUGAGUGAUUUAACAGAGAAUCAUCAUCAUCAUGUACCUAAUCAUAAUAAUAGCACAACAUCAACUCAAUCUCAUUUUAAUAACGAUCCUACCAUGGAAUUAUUAACAGAGUCUAUGAUCUCACUUAUGUCCGCUGAUCAAUUUACUUGUUAUCGACCUAAUCCAUCAUCCUUACCGCUACCACUGCCAGCAGCUAACACGAUAAAAAAAGUGCGUAGAUCCUUUGUAGGUACGCCAUGUUGGAUGGCUCCUGAAAUUUUAUUAAACCAAGACUAUGAUACGAAAGUAGAUAUAUGGUCCCUUGGGAUUACUUCAAUUGAACUCUCUUGUGGCAAACCUCCCUUUUCAGAAUAUGAUCCUAUGACUGUAAAGUGA